ACGGCCCCGGCUCAGCACCUCGGAGAGCUCCCUCCCCGGCCUUGUUUUGCUCCGGAAUCACCGCCUGGGGAGGGAGCCAAGGGGCCGGGCACCCGGCGCAGUGGCAGAGGGGAUGGCAGUAGAGGGGACGAAGGGCCCCGACGGGCAAAGGGCCCAGCUGUGACCCAGCGGGGUCUGGGGGCCCGGGUACCAGGGGGGGCAAGGGGCAGCUGGCAGCGGCAGCAGUGGCUGCACAUCUGGAUGGAAACGAGCUUUGUCCAGACCAUCAUGGCUCUAGGGCUAUCCUCAAAGAAAGCGUCUUCCCGCAAUGUGGCCGUGGAGCGUAGGAACCUGAUUACCGUGUGCAGGUUCUCUGUGAAAACCCUGCUGGAGAAAUACACAGCAGAGCCCAUUGACGACUCGUCUGAGGAGUUUGUGAACUUCGCAGCCAUCUUGGAGCAGAUCCUCAGCCACCGUUUCAAAGCCUGUGCCCCAGCAGGUCCUGUGAGCUGGUUCAGCUCAGACGGGCAGCGGGGCUUCUGGGACUAUAUCCGGCUGGCCUGCAGCAAAGUGCCCAACAACUGCGUGGGCAGCAUCGAAAACAUGGAGAACAUCAGCACAGCCCGAGCCAAGGGCCGGGCAUGGAUCCGGGUAGCACUGAUGGAGAAGCGCAUGUCAGAGUACAUCACCACGGCUCUGCGGGACACCCGGACCACCAGACGUUUCUAUGACUCAGGAGCCAUCAUGCUGAGGGAGGAAGCCACAGUCCUCACCGGGAUGCUGAUAGGCCUGAGCGCCAUAGACUUCAGCUUCUGCCUAAAGGGUGAGGUGCUGGACGGGAAGACCCCCGUGGUCAUAGAUUACACGCCCUACCUAAAGUUCACCCAGAGCUACGACUACCUGACUGAUGAGGAGGAGCGGCACAGCGCCGAGAGCAGCACGAGCGAGGACAACUCGCCGGAGCACCCGUACUUGCCGCUCGUCACCGACGAGGACAGUUGGUACAGCAAGUGGCACAAGAUGGAACAGAAGUUCCGCAUCGUCUAUGCGCAGAAGGGCUACCUGGAGGAGCUCGUGCGUCUGCGCGAGUCGCAGCUGAAGGACUUGGAGGCGGAGAACCGGAGGCUGCAGCUGCAACUGGAGGAGGCGGCAGCGCAGAACCAGCGCGAGAAGCGGGAGCUGGAAGGCGUGAUUCUGGAGCUGCAGGAGCAGCUGACAGGUCUGAUCCCUGGUGACCACGCUCCCCUGGCCCAGGGUUCCAAGGAGUUCACCACCCCCCUGGUCAACCAGUGGCCGUCCCUGGGAACGCUCCACAGGGCGGAGGGUGUCAGCGACCCCAAGCGCUACCGGAGACACAGUUUCAUGAGCACGGAGCCGCUGUCAGCCGAAGCCAGUCUGAGCUCCGACUCCCAGCGCCUGGGAGAGGGCAAGCAGGACGAGGAGCCCUGGGGCCCCAUCGGGAAGGACCCCACGCCCUCCAUGCUGGGCCUCUGCGGCUCCCUGGCCUCCAUCCCCAGCUGCAAGUCCCUGGCGAGCUUCAAAUCCAACGAGUGCCUGGUGAGCGACAGCCCCGAGGGCAGCCCCGCACUGAGCCCCAGCUGAAGUGCAGGCCACACUGGCCCCACCUGCCGGGGGCUGCUGCCUGCUGCCUUUCCUCAGAGUGCCCCAGUCCAGGCCACCCUUCCAGAGAAGGCUGCCUGCCCAGCCAGGGGUCUUUUUCUUCUGGUUUUAGCUUCCUGUCUGGGAAGCCAGGGCUGCCAAGGGAUGCGGGUCUGGCAGGCAGGUGGGGUCGUCAAAGCCACAGGGAACCCUUGGGGAAGCUUGUUCCAUUCUUCUGGUGACCCAUGGCUGCCUGGCUGGCUCCCUCCUGGGACUCCCCUUUUCGGUCCCCCACACCCGCCUCGGGAACUUGGGGCCCAGCCUCAGCACCUCCAUCUCCCCCGUCUCUCCCUGUACUCAUGCCCUGGCGUCACUUCUUCCUCAGCCCCCCGUGUGGGGGCUCCAAGGGAAUCGGGCAAAUAAAAGACAGAGGACCGAG